AUGAUUAAGCCAAUACUUAUCUUGGUGGUCCUCUCAAUCAAUGGGAUCGUGUGCCCACCGCCUAUGAGACAGCAGGCUGAGCAAGCACAGGCACAGGAUAAUGGCCAGCAACCACCACAACAAGCUCAGGUACGAAUUUUUAGUCAUACGCUAUCUAUAAAUAGUAAUUUGCAGGCAACGGAUAACCAACAGGCUCAGAACACUCAACAGCAAGGAGAGUACGAAGGACGUCAUCCGGUAAGUGAAUUUAAAAUAAAACAAUUCAAAGAUGGUUUUUUUUCAGGGAUAUCAAUUUGCCUACACCAAAUACUUGGAAGAGGUAGUCAAGAUCCUCGAGAGCGAACCAAAGUUCUCGGAGCGUCUGAGGGACAUGAAGGAGGACGAGAUCAAGGUAUGCCAAUUCGGCUUAAAACAUUUUUGAUGAAUAUUAACUUCAGGAGGGUAAGAUCGCUGACCAUAUUGAUGACCUUCCAAAAGAAGUGUUCGAUAAGCUCCACAAAGCCAAGUUUGAUGAGAUCGAAAGACUUCGUAAGCAGAUCGAGGAGCAGAUUAAGGUAUACACUGACCCUGAUCAUUUGACAGUUCUGCUCACAAAAUCCAUAAAUUUAGCUGGACGGCGGUGCGCAUAACGUCAAGAUGCCAGACCAUUUGGACGUUAAGGAACUCGACAGGUUCCACAAAGAAGAUUUGAGAAAGCUGAUCCAGAAGACAGUCGCUGAUAUGAAUGCGAUGGACGACCAGAGAAAGGAAGAUUUCAAGCAAUACGAGUUGAGAAAGCAGGCGGAAGAAGAUCAUAAGCUAGCUCAGAUGGCCCCGGAAGAACGGGAAAAAGCAAAGAGGGAGUAUGAGGAAUCUGAAAAGAGACACAAUGAGCACGAGAAGUUGAAGCACCCGGGAAGCAAGGAUCAACUUCAGGAUGUCUGGGAGGAGAGCGAUCAUGUAAGGGCUUUCCGAGUCUGCUAGUCCAGUUUUAAUAAUGAUUUUCAGCUUGAAAAAGAAGCGUAUGAUCCAAAAACGUUCUUCGCCCUUCACGAUCUCAACGGAGAUGGUCUUUGGAACGAUUUCGAGUUGGAAUCGCUCUUCCAGUUGGAGUUGGAAAAGAUGUACAACGAAACGAACCCGGAUGACGACAUGAAAGAGAAAGAAGAAGAGAUGAACCGUAUGAGAGAGCACGUCAUGAAACAAAUGGAUGCCAACCAGGACCGCAUGAUUUCUCUCCAAGAGUUUCUCACCGACAACGAAGCUCAGAAUGCGCAGCCUCCAAAACAAGAGGAAACUUGGCAAGAUCUUGGACAACAGAAGGUAUUUGUCAAAAGUACAUGUUGAUGUCAUUGGAGGAUAUUUCAGAUUUACACUGACGAGGAGCUACAAAGAUUUGAGAGAGAGUAUGCUCAACAACAAGGUAAUUAGGUGCUUUUAUAACAAUAUUACUAAGCCUUUUGCACUAACACUUGGUUUUUCUUCAAAUUGCCUUGCAUCAGUCAUAGAUUUUAACUUUUAAAUACACUAGGAUGGGGCGAUCAUGCGUAUGAACCACAAGUUGCUUCAGAACAACAACAUCCGCAGGCGGCAGCUCAGCAACCUCCUCAAGUCAGUUCCAUCUUCAAAAUUGUUCAGUAAUAUAGUUAUGUUCUUACAGGCUCAACAACAGGUUCAUCCCGCCCAACAACAACCCAUCCAACCAGUGAACGUGCCUCCUCAACCACCUGCUCCGAACGCGCAACAGCCUGUGCAACAGGUACUUGGAACCCAUACUUAUAGAAUACUGUAUGUACAACCAUUUAUUACAGCAGCAACAACAGCCGCCCCAGCAGAACCUGCCACCGGUGCACCACGAACCGAUCCAAGACCACAAAAAGGACCCAACCUACGGAAUCUAA